CAUGUGAGCACCGCAUGGUAUCCGCUGCGGACUUCAAAACCAACCACGUCCGGACUACCGCACAUUUAAAAUAUAUUUUCGUAUAUAUAGGUAAGAUUACACCAGAAUUGUGUCCUUUAAUUCUAUAAUCUCAAAUGGCUGGACGAAGAACCGCUGUUCCUUUCCGCAUAUUCUCACAAAGCUUUGUCAAACCUCGCACUCUCAACAUGCCUAUCACAGAGCUUGUAUUCCCAGCAUACAAACAAGACCCGGAGAGCAUCGCCGGCCUGAAAGAGAGACAGAAUCAAAUCAUCCAAUCCUUCACGAACAUCGAUGGUCUAUCGAACUUCCACCAUGCAGAAAUCUUAGAAGAAGAUGGUAUUUCCUUCAAGCCAGAGAGCAUGAAACGCAUUCUCAUCCUCAAAUGGACCGACAUCUCCUCCUUCCACGCCUUCUACCCGAAAUCCGCACAAUUCGGCGCCUUUGUAAAUAUCGUAAAACCGUUCCUGACCGGUCCCGCGACGCCGGAAUUGUAUGAAGAGUCGACACCAAGCACAUUCUCGGCGUUGAUGCAGGUUAUCCGAGUCAAGCAAAAUGACGGAACGGAGGAGGCAUGGAAAGCGCUAGGGAAGGUAGUCGGGCACUCGUCGAGGUUUCAGCACGCGAAAGGCGUAGAGAAUGAUAGCGGGACGUUUCUGGGUUUGAUUAGCUGGGGGGAUUGGGAGGAAUAUGAGCGGGUGGGGAAAACUGAGACUUUUCUUGAGGGUAUCAAAGAGCUUAAUAGGAAUGAGAAGGCAGGAAAUAUCAUUGCGCGGUUGACACAGGCCAGCGAGGCCUAGUGGGAGGGGGUAGAAGACAAGGAGGGAAAGAAGAGUAGAGAUCAACGAAGUAUGUGCAGCGACGACAUCGUUUUCAAGGUCACGGAACCUGAUAUUGCAUUCGAUGUGGCCGUCACUAAUAAUGUGACUACACCCUAUCACACUUA